CUAGUCGAGGUUCCGCUAACUCGUCUCGUCCUCACUCAGAAACAAUUCGGAAGCGAAGCGUGGCACGGCUCCAGAAUCCUCCGGAACCCCCACCGUUCGCAGACCCCCGUCCCUGAUGACGUCGUGUCAACAAUCGUCUUGGAAUUCGAACACCGGUGGCCGUGAUUCUCUCAAAAUGGAAACCACGUAGGAGUGAAAUAUGGACGAGCUCGCUUGGCAGGAAGGUCCGGUUCUGAUCCGGAAUCUCGGACGUGGCAGGUUCGGUUCGCUAGCUCUGAUUCGGAAGGACAACGGCAACUACAUCAGGAGAACGGUGAACCGACUGACCUCCAAUGAGGAUCUCUGGAACCGCCUCAGGAUUCUACAGCUGGCGCACAGAAACAUCGAACAAGUGGUCAGUGUUUUCGUGCACGAGGCCGACAUCGUGAUCCAUACCGCGUUCCAUAGUGAUUUGACUAUCUUCGAUUACACUCGAGGCUGUUUCGAGGCGUCGCUGUCCGAGACUCGAAUCCUCCGGUGGAUGUGUCAAAUUCUGGACGGUCUCGAUUACCUGCACCGCAAUGGCUUCUGUCACGGGAAUCUCACUGCGAAAAACGUCCUCAUCGAAAGCGUCAACCAUCUACGACUCUCAAAUUGGACACUCUCGGUACUCGUUUCGAAAGAGUCACAGACCGACCUCCAGGCUCUCGGCCACGUUCUACUGGUUCUCAUUACGGUGAAUUCCGCCAUCGAUGGUCGAUACCUCUCCCAGGACACCGUCAAUACGUUGAUAGAAGCGAGUCGAGGAGUCUUCUCGGAUUUCCUGCUGCACAUUAUCCUCGACCUGGUCGGUAAUGGCGUCGAGAGCGUUGCGUAUCUCCGGGGACUGGUGGCUACGUCGAGCGACCCGCUCUGCGGCAGUCAGACGGAUAUGUUGUGCUCGUCCGAUCUGCAAGCCGAGGAUCACGAGCAACAAGUGGACGCGUCACCGAUGCACCGUCGCCAGAGAGCGCAAAUUCUGCACGAAUUAGCGAGAGAAGCCGCUCGGACCUCUCAGAACGGAAUCAAACAUCCCAGUGUGAUAUUGACAUUUUUCAAUUUGUUCAAGCUUUCAAUCAAGCGUUGGAAACGAAUAUUCAGUCCGGGUUGUACGGAAGGAGCUACGGUCAAGGACUUCCAUCCUCGAGGACUCCGUAGGACCACUUCCUGUCCGGCCAAGCUCUCCACUCCACGUUACAGGGAAGACGUCACGGGCUGA